AUGGAGCAAACCAGGGCGCUCAACGCGCUCGAGCCUUUUGUCUUGCUUUCCAAGACUGCAUCCUCUCCGCGCGCAGCUACAGACCUCAUCACUCAGGCUACUUCUGCUGCUAAUACUUACGUCUUUGCGGAGCUACUGGAGAGCCCAAACAUCCAGGCUCUCCGCAAUGCCUCGCCGGAAUACUCUCGCUACCUGACACUAUUGGAGAUAUUUGCAUGGGGUACAUGGUCAGAUUAUAGCUCUACCCCAGGCCUUCCAGAGCUUUCCGAACCUCAAGCACACAAGCUACGGCAACUUUCCCUUCUUCCGCUCUCUGCCUCGCAUUCGACUCUUACAUAUGCUCAUCUGCAAGAUGCCCUUUCGCUCCCGACCGUCCGAGCGCUAGAAGACCUGAUCAUCAGUGCUGUUUAUGCCGGGCUGCUCCACUGCAAGCUUGACACAAUGUCACGGCGUGUUGAUGUAUCAUCCGUGGCUCCUUUGCGGGACUUGCGACCAAAAAAUGUGCCUGCAAUGAUAGACGUCUUGGACGACUGGGACAGUCGAUGCGUUAAUGUGCUGGCAGACAUUGAAAGCCAAAUACGGGACGUUCGACAGCGAACUGCUGAUCGGAGACGGAGAGAGCAGACCAUCGAGAAUAUGCUUGACAGAACUGCCAUGCAAGACAAAGGUGGAAAGCGGGCCGCUGUGGAAGAUGGGGAAAAGGGGGAUGGCCUCAAUAAUGACCAAAUGGAUUUGGAUGAUCAAUUCGUCCGCAUGCCUAGGAGUGCUAAGAGAGGCGGACAUUUUUACGGGCCAGGCCGAAGAUUGGGAUGA